UUGCUGCAGUCCCCCCCUCAAGCUGCACUCUCGCUUCAGGCCGCCCAUGCUGCAGCCGGCUCCAGCAGGCAUGCUCACCUUUUUCCUCGUGUCUGGUGGCUCCAUCUGGCUCUUCUUGGAGGUUGCCAUUUCAAUCUUUGAAAAGAUGCAAGCACAAGAGAUCCUAAGGAACCUGCGACUUCCAGAGUUUGAUGACUUCAGCCAGUUCUUCCGAAGUUUGCCGGCUACCACCUUGGUAGGCAUCGGUGCCUUUGCAGCAGUCGUUGCAUACUGGCUGGCUAGCCGGCCCAAAGCAGUGAAACCACCAUGUGACCUCCUGAUGCAAUCAGAAGAAGUUGAGGGCUGGGAUGGUGCACGGAGAUCUGUAAUAGGUGACCGCUCACAGCUGCUAACUCACUACUAUGAUGAUGCAAGGACAAUGUAUGAGGUUUUUAGAAGGGGUUUUAAUAUAUCUGAAAAUGGUCCCUGCUUAGGAUUCAGAAGACCCAAACAGCCUUACCAGUGGUUGUCCUAUAAGGAGGUUGCUGAAAGAGCAGAAGCAUUGGGAUCAGGCUUACUCCAGAAAGGAUGCAAACCGUCAACAAGUCAGUUUAUUGGGGUCUUUGCACAAAACCGGCCAGAGUGGAUCAUUUCUGAGCUGGCUUGUUAUACCUAUUCCAUGGUUGUGGUUCCUCUGUAUGAUACGUUAGGCCCUGGAGCCAUUCGUUAUAUUAUCAACACAGCUGAUAUUUCUAUAGUAGUUUGUGAUAAACCUGAAAAAGCCAGAGUCCUUUUAGAGCAUGUAGAGAAAAAAGAAACUCCAGGCUUGAAAUCUAUUAUUUUGAUGGACCCUUUUGAGAAAGACCUCAAAGAAAGAGGACAAAAGUGUGGAGUUCAUAUCCAGGCUAUGCAGGAAGUAGAGGACUGUGGUCGAGAAUGCUGGCAUGUCCCCGUGCCUCCUCGACCAGAAGAUCUAUCGAUUGUCUGUUUUACUAGUGGCACUACAGGUAACCCUAAAGGUGCUAUGCUGACGCAUGGGAAUGUGGUCGCUGAUUUUUCAGGUUUUUUGAAAGUGACAGAGAAAGUGAUCUUUCCGAAACAGGACGAUGUGCUCAUCUCCUUCCUGCCUUUGGCUCACAUGUUUGAAAGAGUGAUACAGUCCGUAGUGUAUUGCCACGGGGGCCGAAUUGGGUUCUUCCAAGGGGACAUUCGCCUGUUGUCUGAUGAUAUGAAAGCUCUGCGUCCAACCAUCUUUCCUGUUGUGCCAAGACUGCUGAACAGGAUGUAUGACAAGAUUUUCAGCCAAGCAGACACCCCACUGAAACGCUGGCUUCUGGAAUUUGCUGCCAAGCGUAAGAAAGCAGAAGUCCAAAGUGGGAUCAUUAGGAAUGACAGUCUGUGGGAUAAAUUGUUCUUUAACAAAAUACAGGCGAGCCUUGGUGGUUGUGUUAGGAUGAUUGUAACAGGAGCUGCUCCUGCUUCUCCCGCUGUCCUGGGUUUCCUUCGAGCAGCCCUAGGAUGUCAGGUUUACGAAGGCUAUGGUCAAACAGAGUGCACGGCUGGUUGUACCUUUACUACUCCAGGAGACUGGACGUCAGGUCAUGUUGGAGCACCUUUGCCCUGUAAUUUAAUUAAGCUGGUGGAUGUUGAAGAACUGAAUUACUUUUCUUCCAAAGGAGAAGGAGAGAUCUGCGUGAAAGGUCCAAAUGUUUUCAAGGGUUAUCUGAAAGAUGGAGAGAGAACCACUGAAGCAUUAGACAAGGAGGGCUGGCUCCAUACGGGGGAUGUUGGAAAGUGGUUACCGAAUGGCACGUUAAAAAUCAUUGACCGAAAGAAGCAUAUAUUUAAGUUGGCUCAGGGAGAAUACAUCGCACCAGAAAAAAUUGAGAAUAUCUACAUUCGUAGUGAGCCUGUCUCCCAGAUAUAUGUGCAUGGAGAUAGCUUACAGGCCUUCCUGGUGGGGAUUGUUGUACCUGAUGCUGAAGUCAUGCCAGGCUGGGCCAAGAAAAAGGGCUUUGAUGAAACUUUUGCAGAGCUUUGUAAAAAUGUGGAGCUGAAAAAAGCAAUAAUGGAAGAUAUGGUGCAGUUAGGGAAAGAGAGUGGACUACAUUCAUUUGAACAGGUUAAAGGUGUUUACAUCCACUCUGAAAUGUUCUCUGUACAAAAUGGCUUGUUGACGCCUACACUAAAAGCUAGAAGACCAGAGCUGAGAGAAUACUUCAAGAAACAGAUAGAAGAGCUUUAUUCAAGCAUCUCCAUCUGACAACACAGGAAGGUUCUUCAGAAUAAUGUACUCUGUAGCAAUAUUAGGAUAAUACUGAAAAGUGAACAGGAUGCAGUUGAAAUGAAUAAGCACCUGACCUUCCACAUGAGCCUUCUGUUGUCUGAAGACACUGUCACUGAGUAAUUUCUUUCCCAUCUAGUUCUAGUUCUUGUUGUAAUGGAUGCUCUCGAACAGGGGUGGGGAAAGUGUGGGCCUCCAGAUAUUGUUGGACUGCCUUUCCCAUCAGGCCUAUCCAGCAUAGCUAAUCGUGAGAGACGAUGGCAGUUGCAGUCCAACAACAUCUAAAAGGCACAUAUUCCCUGCCCCUGCCUUAGAAGAUUGCUUAAAACAUACUGGGCUACCAUUAAGCUGUUUUAAAUUCCACUCCUUCCAAAAGUAUUUUAUUUUUACCUGCAAAAACCCCUUCGUAAACACGAAGGAAAAGUAGUUUGGAUCUGCCCAUUUUGUGUGACACUGCUCUAAUCCUAGAUGUUUAAGUUAUGGGAUUUUAGUAGGAUUACCAGAUAUUUCUGUGGAUGGGUACUAUUAAGUACUCUUUAGGAGCAAGAAGUUCUUUCAUACCUUCCUUAGUAUGGUACAGCCUCCUCUUCCAGCUGCUGUUCAGUGGGCAUAUAGCCAAGAAUUCCUCACUACAACUGAGCUCUUAAAAGUACUUCGAUAUCUCUACUCAGGGAGAUAUCUGUCAAAGGCUAGUGGUCUACCUCAAAUGUUGUUUGAUGCCCAAAGCCACAAAUAAAUCGGUUACCCUGAUCUAGAACUUAAAACUGGAUUUGAUUAAUUGUUCUUUAGAUGGAAGCUCUUACGCUCUGCAAGACAAAAACUGCAACAGCCCUCAAUUUAUUUGUGUAAUUAAUUCACCCAAAAGAACAGGAGUAGGUAGAUUUUGGAUUUCAUAUGUACUAGUGGCAUAUGCUGGAUGAAUACUAACCUCUAAUCGUUGGAAAUGUUCUAGACCUUGAAAUGGUUUGUAGUCCUUCUGUCUAGAAUGACGAGCACUUUCUUAAGGGCCAUGCCGAAGGUUUCUGAAAUGAGGAAUACUGUAGAUCAAGGUGGGUGGGUGGGAUCUGUGGCUGCACCUUUUAAAGCAUUUGAUGGCCUUUUUGUUUUGCCAGCUCCCCAGUAGAAACUGAAAGGACAGUUGGUGUAAACAAUACUGCAUAAAUUUACGACUUCCACUCUCCUCACUGUGGAUCUUCCAGUCAGAUUAACCAAAGCAUGGAGUUUUGAGCCCCAGAUUUAUCUCUGUGCCACUUUAUAGCACACUUCAGGAGGACCGAACAUUCAGCCGGCAUCAGAUAAUUUAAAGAGGAUGCUGAGUCUCAACCUACGGAUGAUUAGCUGGAUGCAUCAUCACAUUUCAAGAUGUUUGAGGCUAGAGGGCACUCUCCUCCACUUCAGGAUUGUGCUCCUUAUAGCUCCAGCCAGAGUGGCAUUAUCUGUUGCUGCUUUACUCCCACUCCCAGCUUGUUCUUACCACCAGGCUUAUGUCCAGUCCAAAUUCCUGUUUCUUAUUCUUUCCAAUUACAAGCACUCCAAGACUAGGCCCCUUUGAAUAAAUCACACUGAACGCUUUCCACACUUGAUGGCUGUUUUGCAAAAGGCUACCUUGGCUGAAUCGAAGAUGCAAAGGCAAGAAGGAGGCCUGGCCCAUAUCUGUGUGAACAGAAUGCUGGAGGAAAUGGACACUUGGUCUGAUCCAGCAUGGCCAUUCUUAGGUUCUUAAGGCCUCGCUUCUAU